AAAUAAAAUUAAGUAUUUUAUUUCUUUCUAUCAACCAUAAAUUACAUAAAUGUGCUCUAAUAUUAUAUGUAUACAUCAUAAAAUGACAUUAUUAAUAAUAUCUUCUACUGUACUGAUUAAAAUGUAAGGAGACACAGUUGUUAAAUGCCAUUAAUAGCAACAUAUCUCUGUAGGGGCAAUAUUGUAAAUCACCACCCAAGACCAUCAAACAGUAUCCAAAAAUAUAAUUAAAAAAAAAAAACUAUAAAACAACCCACCGCUCAACUUGUGCCACACCUCUCCAUUUUAAUUUUAUUUAAUUUAUUUAUAAAAGGAAAACUCAAAUGAAGAGACCAAACACUCUCACUCAGUGACAUAUUAUUACACUCCCAACGCUACUCACAAUGUCUCUCCUCCCAUUCAUUCUAUUCGCCAUCGUUCUUCUCUCAUCGCCGCCGUACUCCGUCACCGGCAAGAACCAUCACCACCACCAACACGACCCCCAAACUCCGGCAUCGGAUCUCGUCCGUACAUCCUGCGUUCACGCUAACUACCCGAAUCUCUGCCUCCGUACACUCUCGACCUACGCGGGUCCCGCCAGAACGCCUCGGGAUCUAGCUCAAGCCGCCGUCAACGUGAGCUUGGCUCGCGCAAGCCGAGUCUCGAAGUUUCUAAGCCGAACGGCGAAGGGAUCGUUCGGAUCGAAACGGCAGAGAUCGGCGCUGGGAGAUUGCGUUGAGCAGAUCUCGGACUCGGUGGAGGAACUGAGCAAGACUCUGUCGGAACUUCAGCACCUGCGGUGGGAGACUUUCCGGUGGCAGAUGAGCAACGCGCAGACGUGGGUUAGCGCGGCUUUGACGAACGAGGACACGUGUCUUGAAGGGUUUGAAGAGCUGGGAAUGAAGAUGAAGAGCGAGGUGAAGAGGAAGAUCACUAACGUUGCUAGAGUCACCAGUAACGCCCUUUACAUGAUCAAUCGAUUGGACGAGAGUCGUGGCAGUUAGUCGUGCAAUUAGCGGACUACUGCUACUACUACUUACUCCGUACUGUGUGCCACUGCCUCUGUUUGUAGGUUUUGUUAUUUAAUAUUUCUCAACCUGUAUCUAUUAUAUUAUAUGAUAUAUAUAUAAAAAUGAUAAAGUAUAAUUAUUUCAUAUAGUGAGGACUAAUUAGGUAAUUAAGGAGUAAUUGUAAUGAGGAUUGUCAAAUAUAUGGUACAAUUAUAAUAGUUCAAAUUUAUCCAUAUUUUAAUAAUGCCUAAUAGUUAUAGAAUAAUUGUACGUGUGGUUGGUAUUUCAAUGAACGUCAUUAAUUUUAUGUCGA